AUGGCUUCCUUCCUUGGAAUGCUGCUAAUGAUGCUUUUGUUGUUUACAGGUGCAGCAGAAAGUUCUCCUGACAAAAGGUAUCUGAAGCUCACAAAUAAUCUGACUGGAAACUUGAACCUUACGCUUGACUGCGCAGCCAAUUUAACUGCCAUCGGUCAGCAAGUGCUCCCGCCUCAUGCUGCCUUUGAAUUUGGUUUCAACCGCCACGCCACUAUCUCCUGCUCCGCUGAAUGGCCAGGUCUACGUUUAUUUUCGUGGUUCUAUCCCUAUUCACCCGAGGACCACCAGGACAACUGUACUUACUGGAAAAUAGUGCAAGAUGGCCCUUGCAUGUUUAACUCUACGACCAAGAAGGAAGAUAGCCUUCCAUGGAUGCGUGAUGAUGAUGAGUAG